AUGGGUGAGGUAGAUCCAACUUUGAUUCAGCCACCAGAACACAGACCCAAGCUCAGUAGUGUCACUGAAGCUGAAGGUAUCCCAGUGAUAGACCUAUCCACUUUAUCAAACGAUUCCAUCACCAUCACAGACCCUUCAGCCAUUGAAGGCCUUGUGAGACAAAUAGGCAGUGCAUGCAAGGAGUGGGGGUUCUUCCAAGUAAUCAAUCAUGGAACUCCUAUUGAAAGCAGGCACAAGAUUGAAUCUGCUGCAAAGAAAUUCUUUGCUCUUAGCAAAGAAGAGAAGACUAAGGUGAGGAGGGAUGCUUUGAAUGUGAUGGGAUAUUAUGACUCUGAGCAUACAAAGAAUAUCAAGGAUUGGAAAGAGGUGUUUGAUUUUACUGUGGAGGAACCAACCUUGAUGGCAGCUUCACUUGACCCUCAUAACAAAGAGAUCACUCACUGGAAUAAUCAGUGGCCUGAGAACCCACCAGAGUUGAGAGAGGCAUUCCAAGAAUAUGCUCAUGUCAUGGAAAAACUAGCACUCAAGUUAAUGGAGCUUAUUGCUAUGAGCUUAGGGUUGCCACCAAAAAGGUUUCAUGGCUUCUUCAAAGACCAAACAAGCUGGAUCAGGCUCAAUUAUUAUCCACCUUGUCCUUUCCCUGACAUUGUCUUGGGAUGUGGCCGCCACAAGGACACUGGUGCUUUAACCGUCCUUGCUCAAGAUGAAGUCAGUGGGCUAGAAGUGAAGCGAAAAUCUGAUGGUGAAUGGGUUCGGGUUAAUCCUGCACCUAAUGCUUAUAUUAUCAAUGUUGGAGACAUAAUUCAGGUUUGGACCAAUGACGCAUACGAGAGUGUUGAGCACAGAGUUAUUCUGAACCCUGAGAAGGCAAGGCUUUCAUAUCCAUUCUUUCUGAAGCCUGCACACUACACCAUGGUGGAGCCCUUAGAACAGCUGACAAAUGAGCAAAACCCUCCCAAAUAUAGGCCUUACGAUUGGGGCAAGUUUUUCGUUACGAGAAAACGCAGUAAUUUCAUGAAACUUGAAGUGGAAAAUAUCCAGAUACAUCAUUUCAGGAUUUAG